AUGCCGCAAGAAAGUUUCCUUGGACUUUGGUCUGUUGAAUUGUGCGAAGAAGACCCCGGCUCAUCGUCCUACGAGCCGAAUGACUCAGUGCUGAGCCUUUGCCCUUCAUGUGACGAACAUCGUCUUGGCCUGAAACCAUUAGUCAUUGGUCACGAUAGUGAGGCUGUUACAGGGUUUUGUGCUCAUGUGGUAAGGUCUAUGUGGAAGAGACCUGUCACGAACGCAAAACCACUUUUAGAGGCCUAUGGAUCCAAAAAUAUGACCUUGCUGAUACAGGACACUCAAUAG